AUGAAGAUCGAUCGUCGGUCGUCGUCGCCAUCCCGUCCUUCUUCAUCCUCGGAGGUCGAUGAGACCUGGAAAGAGUCGAAGUUGUCUCAGUCGCUGCCCCUUCCUCAUCCUCCAGAUCCAAUGCCUGGCGGCAGUAGAAGUAGGUCGAUUUGGUCGAUCCUCUGUCACCGUCGGCAGGUGCAGCAAGCCGAUCCUCGGUUGUCGCCGCCGUCAUCGUCCCCUGCAUCGCCUUGCAAUUUCAUUGGUCGCUGCCUUGUCUUCUUCCUCGUUGUUGCCGGCUCCCAUCUAUCUCGCCGGCGCCCCUCGUCGGAGCCAAUUGCUAGCUCACCGUCGCCGCAAAGUGAGAGGGUAAGAGGCUAA